AUGUUUACACCAAAACCACAGCGGACCCUGGGCACGUCGCUGGACGGCCCUCAUCCCCCAGUGGUCAACAUUCCCGCUGAGGUUCGUCGCUCGUACAAAGUGAACGAUGCCUACAGCAAAGCCCUGGACCAGCAUGGCCCGGUCAUCAUGGUUCCCAGGCACGGGCGCAACGAAUACGUUAUCGAUCAUCGAUACGCCAGUGUGCUGCUGACCGACACCAAGCGGUUCAACUUUGACAAGGCGGUCUUUGACCUGCUUCAUUUUGGCUUUAUCGCAGUAGCCGACAAUGGCGUCUUUGUUAACGACAUAGACCAGGCGGUGGAGGGGAAUGUUCAACCUCGAAUGAACGCCAUCAUUGCAAAGAUAUUCCCCGUCUUUCGACAGUAUUUUGACCGCAUGGAGGACGAGGUGCCCAAGCCGGCCGAGACCAAGGAGUAUACCACCAUCAGCGACAUGUUCAGUCGGAUGCAGCUUGCUGUCGCACACGCCAUGGUGGUCAUGGUUGUAGGCGAGGAGCAUGCCGGUCCGGAGCUGGCAGGUCAUUUUGCGGCCGUCGCCGUCGCCAUGGCCCGUAUGACGGGCAUGGACGAGAGCACAGACGAAUGGACCUGGUUUCCCAAGCUGUGGGUCCUCUUCAACGGACUCUCUGCCGUGUUCCUCACCAUCGUCCCCAGAUUCUUCUUCACGGUUGCACCUCUCCUUUGGAAAACCCGGGGUGAACAUCUCGCCAACGGCCUGGCCGCCCGCCAUGGCAUUCACGUGCCGGUGUUUGACCUCCUUUUGGUCAAACACUACCACGAAAAGCAGGGACUGUGGGCGCUCCUGGGCUUCUUCCGAUGCCUCAUCAUCGUCAUUGGCCUGAUAUUCGCCUCCAUUCACCAGACCGUCGUCGGCGGCAUGUGGCAGCUCAUCAAGCUGACCGAAAAGCAAGACGAGUACCUCGCGGCAAUCCGCGCCGAGUUCGAGGCUGUCGUCCCGCCGGGUGAGCUGAUGACGGUGCCCAAGCUGGCCCAGCUACGGCUGCUCGACUCGUUCAUACGUGAGGUGUUUAGGACCAAGGGUGACUGCUGGGGACCCGUGAGGGAGACCACCCAGCCGGUACGCGUGGGCCCGUACGUAAUUCCCAAGGGUGCCAUGUGCAUCGUUCUAAUCGGGCGGGCGCAUCAGCACCCGGACAAUUACGGACCCGACGGCAAGAAGUUUGACGGGACCCAAUGGGUGGAGAAGGGCAAGCCCGCUUCUCAAACCUCGCACGACUAUCUUCCCUUUGGCCACGGCCGCUGGGCCUGCCCAGGUCGACACCUAGCCAUCCACGAGAUCAAAAUCAUGCUUUAUUUCCUCUUUACAAAGUUUGACAUCAAACUCCGUGCCAACACAUAUCGUGUCAAAAACACCAUUAACACCACUACGGUCGCUCCCGAAGCAACAUUUCUUGUACGACGGAGGGCGGAGUACAACGGGACAGUCUGA